AUGUCGCCAGCUACAGUUCCAGUCAAUUCCUCCUCCAAACUCCCAUCCCCCGGGUUCAAUGCCGGUGCACGACCAUACCGAUCUCACAAGGUUCGCGCCUGUGACCUGUGUCGCAAGCGCAAAUCCCGAUGCACCGUCGACAUACCAGGUCAAUCGUGUCUUCUGUGUCGCGUACAGGGGGCCGACUGCCACUACCAAGAAGAAGCUAAUGCGGACGCUUCCGUGCUGAGUGCAUCGGACACAAAAACGUGGCAAGGACCUCAAGCUUCGGAUGCUCUUCCGGGACAGAAGCGCAAGCGCAGUCCCGAUGUCGCUUCGCACCAGAAUCAUAAUAUGCCGGCCCGUCAACCAAUCAACGGGCCUAGUCCACAUGGGACUACGUCGUCGAGUGGUCGCCGAGGAAGCGACUCGCGGCGCAAAGACAUGGAUGAUCCGCAGAAUGAGUCUGUGCUCAUUGUCGGGCCUAUGGUUGCAGAAGAUGCACAGGUGAUUGAGAAGCACAUGCCACCCGAGCGAGCCAGUCAAUCCGAAGAACCCAAGAGUCACCCAUACAAUAUUUACUCGAGCGAUCCCCGGAAGCCAGUACUCUAUACCACAAUUUCGCGGCGGAGGAAGGGUAUGCGGGUGGGAACUCCUCCCGGAGAGAAUCAAAAGGAAGUGUUGGAACAAAUACUCGGACCGUUCAAGCACGAUCUAGUGAGGCUCUUCAUCGAUCGCUUCAAUGUUUCGUUCCCCAUAUUUGACGGUGAACAAUUUUGGGAGUCUUACAUUGCUGAAGAUCUACACGAUCCUCCGGCCGCGCUAGUAUGCCAGGUCUAUUCGAUGUCACUGGUAUAUUGGCAACACACCCCCAAGCUGGCUUGCCACCCAAAACCAGAUGUUCGAUAUGCGGUCAACAUGACUGUCGCCGCAUUACAUGAGGAUUUCUCAGCUCCCGGACUAUCUACUAUCAGCGCCGCACUUAUUGACCUGACUGGAAGACCUAUUUUCUCGAUGACUGGAAACGCUGUCAGCUGUGGGCGGAUGUUGUCUUUGGCAAACUGUCUUGGUUUGAACCGUGAUCCAAGCAAUUGGAAACUUUCCCAGGCAGAGAAGGACCAGCGGAGUCGUCUCUGGUGGGGCGUAGUCAUUCACGAUCGUUGGGGAAGUUUCGGCCACGGCGUACCACCCCAGAUCUCCAAAAACCAAUACGACGUGCCUCUACCAACCGUAGAUGUCCUAGUCCCAUCACAUGUUCGCUCCACAGAGCGAGUGAGAGCAGCGCAUUGCCAUAUCUACCUUUGUCGAUUGACGGAGACCCUUGGCGAGCUUUUGCCACUGGUAUAUGGCCUACAGCAUAAGCCCGCGCGUGAGACAUCUAAGAAACUGCGACAGAUCCGGACAGACUUAGAUAUGUGGGAAGACUCAUUGCCAACUUGGCUGAGAGGCCCCGCAGUACAUCCAGGAGAGCGCAUAUAUGGAGCCUGCAGCUUACAGCUUGCUUUCUUGGCUGUCAAGAUGCUUGUCAGUCGUGUCGAACUCAAUGAGGUCAACAAUGCUGAAACAGAUAAUCCCGAGGCACGUCGUUAUUUCCAAACAGAAUGCAGAAGAUCUGCAGAAGAAAUUGUUGGUUUCAUGACCUCGCUGCGAACAGAUAACUUCAAGGAGUUCUGGUUACCUUACAGUGCAUUCCACCUUACAUCCACGGCCACAUUACUAGUUCGCUGUGCAUUCGAAACAACGGACAGCGAGGUCGCACGAUCAUGUCUCGCCAACGUCGAGACCCUGCGCACAGUCCUGCGCCGCGUACAAGAAGAAGAAGACUGGGAUGUAGCAGACAUGUGUCUCGACCACUGUGAGCGCAUUAUGCACCGACUCCCUGGAACUGGCGCAACAAUGGACCAAGCAUUCACCAACACAAUGGCCGAUAAUGGGCUGGUCAACCCAGCCGCAAUUUCACUGCCUGAGACACAGACAAACAACGACAUCGUCGACGACAUGAUGUCGAUCUCUAACACCUUUGGAACAAUGGAUGGCUUCCCCUUCGACAUGACAGGAAUUUGGGAUGUCUCUGUGUUCCAGGAUGUGAACCAAGAUGUGAACCUGUGA